AUGUUCAAUCUUUUAUUUUCCUUUACUUUUUGCAACAAAUUUACAUAUAAUUUCGAUCCAAAUGACAAAAAUUUAUUCAAUGCCUAUUAUAAUGGUGAAUCCAUUACCGAUGAUCACGGAUUUCAAGCCCAAUUACAAGUUGAUCGAUCUGAUUUUACUUAUUUGACAAGUAAGGAUAAUGGAGAGUCAUUCUUUCAUGGCAUAAAAGUUAAAUCAUCAAUAUCCGCAUCAGAUACCAAAGAUGAACUUUAUAUGGAUUUUUUAGUAGAUAAUAAUUUGACAUUUCCUCUUGAUUUUAAGUUAGUUUUUUAUGGAUAUGCACCAUAUACUCCAAAUGAUGUUGGUGUGUCUACUUAUGCAGGAAUUAAUGGUUUUGUAUAUAAUCAGCCAAAUAGUGAUGAAAAAAUCGUUAUUGUUGCAGAUUCAAAGAAUCCUGUCAAUGUUACAUAUCACGAUGCUGAUAUACGCUUAUUCAGACCAAGUUACAAUCAAGAUGAAGUUUACAAGUUUUCUGAAAAUAUCAAUCCUGAUGCAAGACCAUUUAAAUCUUCGCAGUCACUUUUUGCUUUUGGAUGGACAUUCUAUCUUGGACCAUUUACUCCAACAACAUUAAGAAUUAUUAUUGCCGAUAAUAAUUUUAUGGAACCCAGACCUGAAAUAAUUUGCCCGAGCGAAAAUAUAGUUAAAGGACAGAAAACUGUAUGCAAAUUGAGGUCAUCAGUUAAUAAUCAAAAUGUUAGAGUGUAUCUAUCUGGUAAAGAAUUCGAAAAAUUAGAUGUUUUUACACUUAUAAGUACAGAACAAUAUGAAGAAAAAUCAAUUUUAAUUCCAUUUGGAAGUUAUGAAUUUAUUUUUAUUGCUUCCAAUAAUUCUAUGAAUUCUAUUCCAAGCCAUUUAUUUAUAUACGAAUUAUCACUUGAUUAUGAAAUAAUUGACCCUCCGAAAAUUCUAAAAAGAUACACAAGCUUAACAAUUUCUGUUCAAACAAAAUCUGGAUCUGGAUACCACACCCCAUGCAUUUUCUUUGAUGAUGAUAUUCAAAAUAAAAAAUGUCUAUAUAAUAGGUACAUAAGUUCUGGAAACAACUAUGAAUACACAUUCGAUUAUGAUUAUACUAAACAAGGAAAUCGGAAAAUUAGUUUUUAUUAUUAUUAUAAUAGUUAUACAAUUCUAAAUAGCAUUAGAAAAACAUUUUUAUGCAAAUAUGGCGCAAAUGCUCCAUAUAUAUCCACACCAUCUCAGAUCUCUAUUAAUAAGCCUGGAACAUACUCAUCUAUGCUUGCAAUUUAUUAUUCUGAUAUUCCUCAAAAUAUUACUUUGUAUGUGAAGCAUCCAGAAAAAGGAAUAGAAGAUUUUCAAUGGCUGGCAAAUGUUACGCUAUUUACUACUGAUAUCAAUUAUUUCUAUAAUUUCACAUACAAUCCUUCAGAUGAUCAAUACGGUCAAUAUGAUAUCACCUUUAAAGCUGUUGAUUCAAUAGGAUUGGAAUAUCAAACUAAUCAAAGAUAUGUAUUUUAUCCUCCACAUAUAGUUUCAUCACAUGAUCUACUACGAACAUCAGCAGUAGGUUUUGCAGGCGGUGAAAAUGUUAAAUUAAAUUUCACUUUAAAUCAAGUUAGUCCUGGUACACAAUACAAAGUUAAAUAUACAUUUGUGCAUCAAACAGCCAGUGAUGAUGGUGAUUUAAGAUCUAGGCGCCUAUUGAGUUCUUAUGGAUCUGAUAUAACACUCUCACAAAUGACCGAACAUUUUGAUUUUAUUUUAGAAUCUUUUGACCCGCGUACUAUUUCCAAUGAAUUUUCUAAUUUAGAUGGUAUUUUCACUGCAAACGAUAAUUGGUCCAGUGAAACAUUUGGUAUAGACUUCCAUGCAACAGAAAAUGCAUUUGAAAGUGUAACAAUUUACUUGAUUGCUGAACCAACAAUUGAAAACUUAAAAAAAAUAUAUGGUUAUUUCACUUUUGCAACAUAA